AUGGAAGAGCUGCCAACAGGAGGGACAGAGAAGGCACAGACCACCACCACAGCGUCCUUGACCACCAGACUAUCGACUUCUUCUUUGGGAAUGCUGACUUUCCUUAGGACAUCAAGUAAAAUGGUCAGCACAAGCACAACAGGAGUGAUCAUCACAACCCCAGGUGUUUCCCAGGAUAUGUUAGAGAUGACAUCCUUCUUGGCCACAAGACCUGGAGUAGAGACCAGCACCGCAGUUUCCAGGACAACGCCACCCAUGUUCAGUAGAAGACCAGCAACCAUAACUGCACCAGUCUUUAGUUCUUGGACAAAGACCAGCACCACUGUUCCAACUCUGAUAAUUUCCCCUGAUGAACCAGAUACAAGAAUCCCUUUGAUCACACAUCCUGCAAAUACCAGCCCAAUUUUGCCCCAAACAACUCCCAGUGUUUUCCAUACUGAAUCAGAUAGCACACCACCCUUGAUGGCCACCAGUCCUGGAACAGAAACGAGUUCAACUGUUCUAGCUACAACUGUCUACCCUAUUAUAUCAGAGGUGGUGACUUCACAGGCUUCCAGUUCUGAGGCAGAGACCAGUACAACUUUUCCAGAUCAACUGGAGACCACAGCCUCAUGGAACACCUAUUAUGGGACAGAAGUCAGGUCAGCUCUUCCAACUCAUACUGUUUUCUCUGGUGAACCACGUACAACAGUCUUACUUAUCACCCAUACUGCAGAGACCAACUCAACAGUGUCCAAGACAACCCCCAGUGUUUCCCCUAGUGAAUCAGAACCAACACUCUCAAUGGCCACCGACUUUGGGACAGAAACCAGUUCAGUUCUUCCAACUCUGACUGUCCCUCCUAGUGUACCAGAUAUGAUGACCUCACAGGUCACUAGCUCUGAAAAAGAUGCCAGAACAGCUGUUCCAAGUCUGACUUUUUCUCCAAGUGGACCAUCAACCACAGCCUCAUUGGCCACUUAUCCUGGAGUACAGACCAGUUCAGCCAUUCCAUCUCCAACUGUCUCUUUUACUGUGUCAGGGCUGGUGACUUCACUCAUCACCAUUUCUGGGGCAGAGAUCAAUACAACUUUUCCAACUCUGACUAAUUCUUCACAUGAACUAGAGAUCACAGACUCAUGGGUUACCUCUUCUAGGACAGAAGCCAGUUCCAUUGUUCCAACUUCAACUACCUCCUCUGGUGAGACAGAUACAACAGCCUUAUGGAUCCAUUCUGCAGGGACCAACACACCUGUUUCCAGAACAAUUCCAAAUUUUUCCCCUAGUAAAUCAAAUAGCACACCUUUAACUGCUAUUAGUCCUAGAGCAGAAGAUAGUUCAGCCAUUUCAACUACAACUAUCUUCCCUGGUUUAUCAGGGAAUGAUACCUCAUUGGUUACUGGUUAUGGAGCAGAAACAAGUACAACUUUUCCAACUAUGACUGAUUUGUCACAUGAACCAGAGACCACAGCCUCAUGGUUCAACCAUUUUGAGACAGAAGCCAAGUCAGCUAUUCCAACUCUGACUAUUUCCCCUGAUGAACCAGAUACAAGAAUCCCUUUGAUUACACAUCCUGCAAAUACCAGCCCAAUUUUUCCUAUAACAACUCCCAUUGUUUCCCAUAAUGAAUCAGACAGCACAUCCUUGAUGGCCACCAGUCCUGGGACAGAAACCAGUUCAACUAUUCCAGCUACCACUGUUCAAACUGUUGUACCAGAGGUGGUGACCUCACAGGCUACUAGUUCUGGAACAGAGACCAGCAAAAUUUUUUCAAUUUUGACUAAUUCCCAAGUUGAUUUGGAUACUACAGCCUCAUGGGUCACCCAAUUUGAAACAGAAGUCAGAUCAUCAGUUCCAACUCUGAUUGUGUCUCCUGGUGAGCCAGAUGCAACAGUUUCCAUGGUCACCCAUCCUUUAGAGAUCAGCCCAAUUGUUUCCCAAACGACUUUCAAUUUUCCCCAUAGUGAAUUACACAGCACAAUCUCAAUGGUCACCAUUCCUGGGCCAAAAUCCAGUUCAUCUGUUCCAGCUACAACUGUCCAACCUGUUGUGCCAGAGGUGGUAACCUCACAGGCUACUAGUUCUGGGGCAGAGACCAGUACAACUUUUCCAACUUUGACAAUUUCCCCAGGUCAACUGAAGGCCACACCCUCAUGGACCACCCAUUAUGAGGCAGAAGUCAGGUCAGCUGUUCCAACUCAGACUGAGUCCUCUGGUGAGCCACAUACAACAGAUUUAUUGGUAACCCAUCCUGCAGAGACCAGCCCAACAGUGUCCAAGACAACCCCCAGUGUUUCCCCUAGUGACUCAGAAUCCAUACCCUCAGUGGCCACCGACUUUGGGACAGAAACCAGUUCAGCUCUCCCAACUCUGACUGUCUCUCCUGGUGUACCAGGUAAAGUGACCUCACGGGACACUAUUUCUGAAACAGAUUACAGCACUGUUAUUCCAACUCUGACUCUUACUGUUGGUGAACCAGAGACUACAGCCUUAUUGGUCACCCACCCCAGUACAGAGACAAGCACAAAUUUUCUUGCUUCAACUAUUUUUCCUCGUUUACCAGAUACCACAGACUCACUAUCCAUCCAACCUGGGAUGGACCUCAGCACAACUAUUUCAACUUCAGCUCUUUUCCAUGGUUCAUCAGACACCACAAGCUUACUGGCCACCAGCCCUGUAUCAGAGGCCAGUACUGGUCUUCCAUCUCUGCCUGUUUCCCCUGCUGUUUUUGAGCCUGCCAGUACCCCUGCAACCACGGGUGAGCCUUAUACUGUGGCUUCCUGGAGCACAUUAACCUCACCAUCUACAACCUCAUUUGGUCUCCCAGAAUUUUCCAACACUGUGACUGGGGGCACUGUGACCUUGACUGCAGCCAAAAGUAGCCGGGAAGGACUAAGUUCAACCACUAUCUUAAAAACUACAACUCUUGCAGACACUAAAUUAAGUGCCACAGGUUCAGACCACACUGUGGCCAAGACUACAGCCACUUUCAGUACACUGUCUGAAAGUUCCUUUGUCCCUGUGACCACACCGAAGAUGUCCACCAUGGGCUAUGUGAGUGUGACUUCAAGAACAAGUAAGAAUCUCUGCAUCCUAGAAACCCACGUGGUCCUGGGGAAAAAAUGGUUGGUCACCCUGUGUGAGGGGGCCUUGGACAGUGACUGCUAUAUGAGGGCUGAAAAAGAGGGAGCAAGCACCACAGUGAGUGUGAUCUGCACCCACCACGCAGAUCCCACAGGCUUCCAGCUGGACAGAGAACAGCUGUACUGGGAGCUAAGCUUGCAGACCCAUGGUGUCACUCGGCUGGGCCCCUACACCCUGGACAGGAAUAGUCUCUUCGUCAAUGGUUAUAACCAUCGAUACUGGAUCUCCACCACCAGCACUCUGGUGACCUCCACAUUCUCUCCAGGACCCGCAGCAUCUCUGAGCCCUACCCCCAGCUCUACAGAUGUGGGUCCAGCCCCAGUGCCUUUUACCCUCAAUUUCACCAUCACCAACGUGCUCUACACCCCAGACAUGAGGCACCCAGGCUCUGCGAAGUUCAACUCCACUGAGAGGGCUUUGAAUCACCUGCUUGGUCUUUUGUUCAAGAACACCAGCAUUGGCCCACUGUACUCUGGCUGCCGACUGGCCCUGCUCAGGACUGAGAAAGAUGGGGCAUCAACUGGAGUGGACACCAUCUGCACUUACAAUCCUAACCCCAUAGGCCCUGGUCUGAACAUAGAAGAGUUGUACCAGGAGCUGAGUCAGCUGACCCAUGGUGUUACCCUGCUGGGCACCUACACCCUGGACAGAGACAGUCUCUAUGUCAAUGGUUAUAAUCGUCGCAACUGGACCCCUGCCACAAGCAGUGUGAGCCCUUCUCUGAUGUCCUUCACCCUCAACUUCACCAUCACCAGCCUGCGCUACACAGAGAGCAUGGGGAAACAGGGAUCUGAGAUAUUCAACAACAUGGAGAGAAUCUUGAAUCACCUGCUCAAACCAUUGUUCCAGAACAGCAGUAUUGGGCCCUUCUAUUUUGGCUGCAGAUUGACCUUGCUCAGGCCUGAAAAAAAUGAAACAACCACUGGAAUUGAUGCUGUCUGCACAUACUAUUCUGACGAUGUGGAUCCUAAGCUGGACAGAGAGCAGCUGUACUGGGAGAUGAGCGAUGGGACCCAUGGAGUGACCCAGCUGGGCUCCUUCACACUGGACAAGGACAGCCUCUACAUCAAUGGUUAUACCCAUCAGACCUCAGCUUCCACCCCCAGUGCUUCCGUGGCCUCCACUCUCUUCCCAAGGACCUCGCUGGUACCAACCCACUUCUCCAGCUCCACAGCUGUUUCUUUCCUGGUGCCAUUCACCCUCAACUUCACCAUCACCAACCUGCACUACGAGGAGGACAUGCAGCAUCUGGGCUCCAGGAAAUUCAACGCCACAGAGAGGAUCCUGCAGGGUCUGCUCAAAUCUGUGUUCAAGAAUAGCAGUCUGAGAUUACUCUAUGCAGGCUGCAGACUAGCCUCGCUCAGCUCUGAGAAGGACGGGACAGCCACCAGAGUGGAUGUCAUCUGCACUCAUCGCCCUGAACCUGGAGGUCCUGGACCAGACAGAGAGCAGCUAUACUGGGAGGUGGGACGGCUGACCCAUGGAAUCACCAGGCUGGGGCCUUACACGCUGGAUAGGGACAGCCUCUAUGUCAAUGGUUUCACCCAUCAGAGCUCCACACUCAUCACCAGCACUCCUGGGACAUCCACAGUUGACCAUGAGAACUUUGGGACUCCAGCUUCAUUCUCCAGCCCCACAGCAACAAGCCCUACCUUUGUGUUGUUUACCCUCAACUUUACCAUCACAAACCUGCCGUAUGUGCCAGACAUGGGGCACCCAGGAUCUGCAAAGCUAAACAUGACAGAAGUGGUCCUGCAGUCCAUUCUUGGUUCUUUGUUCAAGAACACCAGCAUCGGCCCACUGUAUUCCAACUGCAGACUGACCUCACUCAGGCCCGAGAAGGAUGGAUCAGCCACCAGAAUAGAUGCCAUCUGCACCUACCACUCUGAGUCCCCAAGCACUAGGCUGGACAGAGAGCAGCUGUACAGAGAGCUGAGCCAUGAAACCCACGGUAUCACCUGGCUGGGCUCCUUCACGCUGGACAGAAACAGUCUUUAUGUCAAUGGUUAUACCCAUCAGGCCCUGACCUCUACCUCCAGCAUUGCUAUGGCCUCCACCACGUCUCCAGCAACUUCAGCGACCCCAGUACCAGUCUCUAUAGGCACUGUUCCUACCCUGGUGCCAUUCACUCUCAACUUCACUAUCACUAACUUGCACUAUGAGGAGGACAUGGGUCGUCUUGGUUCCUGGAAGUUCAACACCACUGAAAGAGUUCUGCAAGGCCUGCUGAGAAUCUUGUUCAAGAAUAGCAGUGUGGGUCCCCUCUACUUGGGUUGCAGACUGACCAUGCUAAGGCCCAAGAUGGACAAGACAGCCACUGGAGUGGAUGCCAUCUGCACACAUCACCCUGACACUGUGGGCCCUGGGCUGGACAGGGAGCGGCUGUACUGGGAGUUGAGCCAACUGACCUAUGGUGUCACUAGGUUGGGUCCCUACACCCUGGACAAGGAAAGUCUCUACAUCAAUGGUUACACACACCAGACUCAGGCAACCACCCCUAGCAAUGCUGGCCCUGCCCUCAUGUCCUUCACCCUCAACUUUACCAUCACCAACCUGCACUACACGGAGGACAUGCAGCCAGGCUCCGCAAAGUUCAACUCCACAGAGUCAAUUCUACAGUAUCUGCUUGAACCUCUGUUCACCAGCAGCAGCAUUGGUUCAUUCUACACUGGCUGCAGACUGACCACACUAAGGCCUGAAAAGGGUGAAACAGCCACUGGAGUUGAUGCCAUUUGUACCUACCAUCCUGACCCUGCAGGCCCUAUGCUGGAUAGGGAGCAGCUCUACUGGGAGCUGAGCCAUCAGACCCAUGGUGUCACCUGGCUUGGUUCCUACACCCUAGACAAGGAUCAUCUCUAUGUCAAUGUCUCUGUCCUUGCCCUGGUGCCAUUCACCCUUAACUUCACCAUAACAAACCUGCACUUCACGAAGGACAUGCAACAUCCAAGCUCAGUGAAGUUCAACAAAAUAGAAAAAAUCCUGCAGCACAUGCUCAGAUCCUUGUUUAAGAACACUAGUAUCAGCCUCCUCUACUCCAGCUGUCAACUCACCUUGCUCAGGCCUGAGAGAGAUGGAGCAGCCACCAGUGUGGACAUAGCCUGCAACUACCGUCCUGACCCUGCAGGCCCUGGGCUGGACAGAAAGCAGCUGUACAGGGAGCUGAGCCAGCUGACCCAAGAUGUCACCAAGUUGGGUCCCUACACCCUGGACCAGGACAGUCUCUAUGUCAAUGGUUAUACACACCAGACAUCAGAAACCACAACCCAUGCCACAGGACCACCCCUGGUGCCUUUUACCCUCAACUUCACCAUCACUAACCUGCAGUACAUAGAUGACACUUGGCCUCCAGGCUCCUUGAAAUUCAACACCACCGAGAAGUUCCUGCAGCGCCUGCUCAAGGCCUUGUUCAAGAAUACUAGUGUUGGCACCCUCUACUCAGGCUGCAGACUGACCCGCCUCAGGCCCAAGAAGGAAGGGACAGCCACUGGAGUGGACAUUGUCUGCACACAUCGCCCUGACCCUGUAGUCCCUGGGCUGGACAGGGAGCGGCUGUACUGGGAGCUGAGCCUGCUGACUGGUGGUUUUACCCAGUUGGGCCCCUACACCCUAGACCAGGACAGUUUCUACAUCAACGGUUACACCUUCCGAACCCAGACCACCACCCCUAGAAGUCACACCCAUUUGUCAUCAGCCACCACCCCCAAUAUUCCUGUGACAUCCAUACCCUUCAUUUCUUUGGCUUCCUCCCCCUCCAGCAGGCCCACAGUGGCCACUGCCCCCACCCUGGUGUUCUUCACCCUGAACUUCACCAUCACCAACCUGCAUUACACAGAGGACAUGGGGCACCCAGCUUCCUUGAAGUUCAAUUCCACUGAGAGGAUCCUACAGCACCAGUUGCGGCUCUUGCUUGGUAAGACCAGUGCUGGCCCCCUCUUCUCAGACUGCAGACUGGCCUCUCUCAGGGCUGAGAAACAUGGAGCAGCCACUGGUGUGGACAUUGUCUGCACCCACCACUCUGACCAUGUGGGUCCCAGGCUGGAUAGAGAGCAGCUGUACUGGGAGCUGAGCCAUGAGACCCAUGGUGUCACCCAGCUGGGUUCCUUCACCCUGGACAGGAACAGCCUUCUCGUCAAUGGUUACACCUUGCAAGUCACAACCAUGACUCCCACCACUGCAGAGAUCAGUGAGGAGUCUUUCACACUGAACUUCACCAUCAACAACCUGCGCUACUCAGCAGACAUGAGCCAUCGGGGCUCCCUCAAGUUCAACAUCACAGACACCCUCAUGCAGCAUCUGCUCAGCCUGUUGUUCAGGAGGAGCAGCCUUGGUCUCCAAUAUGCAGGUUGCAAGGUCAUCUCGCUAAGGUCUAUGAAGAAUGGCGCCAAGACAGGGGUGGACUUUCUCUGCAUCUACCGUCAACCCCCCAACGGUCCAGGUUUGCCUGCCAAGCAGCUGUUUCAUGAGCUGAGCUGGCAAACCCAUGGCAUCACUCGUCUGGGCCCCUACUCUCUGGAUAAGGACAGCCUCUACCUCAAUGGUUACAAUGAAUGUGGUCCAGACGAGCCUCCUACAACUCCUGAACCACCUACCACGGUCCUGCCCACUUUGUCAUCACCUGUGCAACCAGAAGCAACAACAGUUCUGUUGUACAACUUGGAGACCCUCUCACUCAACUUUACCAUCUCCAACCUCCAGUAUUCAGUAGACAUGGGCAGUGGCUCAGCCAUAUUCAACUCUACUCAGAGUAUCCUGCAGAACCUGCUCAGAUCCUUGUUUAUGAAGAGCAGUCUGGGCCCCUACUACUCAGGUUGCAGACUGAUCUCCCUCAGGCCUGAGAAAGAUGGGGCAGCCACCAGGGUGGAUGUCAUCUGCACGUAUCACCCUGAGCCCUUGAACCCCGGGCUAGACAGAAAUCGACUUUACUGGGAGCUGAGCCAGCUGACCCACAGUGUCACCCAGAUGGGUCCCUAUACCCUGGUCAGGGGCAGCCUCUUUGUCAAUGGCUAUGCUCCACAGGAUUUAUCUAUUCAGAGUGAGUACCAGCUAAAUUUCCGCAUCAUCAACUGGAACCUCAGCAACUCAGACCCCGUGUCCUCUGAGUACACCUCCCUGCUGAGGGACAUCCAGGACAAGGUCACCAAACUCUACAGAGGCAGCCAGCUAGGAGAUGCAUUCUACUCCUGCCUGGUUACUGACUUGAAGCUGGGCUCCGUGAGAGUCACUAUCCAGGAACUGUUCUCCUCCAGUAUAGACCCCAGAAUGGUGAAACAAGUUUUUCUAGACAAGACCCUCAAUGCUUCAUCCUACUGGCUGGGUGCCACCUACCAUCUGGCAGAUAUUCAAGUGACAGAACUGGAGGCAUCAGUUCAUCUGUCAACAGAUAAACCAACAAGCAGUCCCAGCCCUCAGCACUUCCAUCUGAAUUUCACUGUCACCAAUCUACUCUAUGUUCAGGACAUAGGCCUGCCAGGCACCACCGCACACCAGCGGAACAAAAGAAGCAUGGAGAAUGCGCUCAACCAGCUCUUCCAAAACAGCAGCAUCAGGAGUUAUUUUUCUGGUUGCCAAGUUGUAGCAUUCAGGUCUGUCCCCCACAACAACCACACUAGGGUGGACUCCCUGUGCCACUUCUCACCAUUGGCACAGAAAAUGGACAGAGUUACCAUCUAUGAGGAAUUCCUGCAGCUGACUCAGAAUGGCACCCAGCUACAGGACUUUACCUUGGACAGAAACAGUGUGCUAGUGGAUGGGUAUUUUCCAAGUAGACCUGAUGCCCUGACUGGGAAUUCUGAUUUCCCCUAUUGGGCCAUCAUUCUCUUCUGCUUGGCGGGACUCUUGGUAGUCACCACGUGCCUAAUCUGCUGUUUCCUGGUCACCGUGUGCCUGCAGAAGAAGGAGGGAGAUUUUGAGAUUCAGCAAUGAUGACUGGUACCUGCUGCAACUAGACCUGAGGAAGCUGCAAUGACUAGAUCUGCCUGAGGCCCCUGUUCCCAUGCAGGGCCCAAAGGACCUUCGCUGGACCA